AUGAAUUAUCCAGCAAAUCAAAGAGACGAGGUUAGACGUAGAUAUCUGACUAAAGGUCCAUGCCAACCUUAUGGUCAUAAAUUUAAACAAAUAUUGAUAUCUGGUUCGACAAGGCGAUUCAAUCCAGCUUGGUUUGAUCAAUAUGAAGGGUUUAGUAGUUGGAAUAAGCCAGAUAGAUUGCUUACUCAUAUGGGUAAACCACCCAACAGUACUCAUAUUAUUGCUGCUCAGAUGUGUGAGGAUUUGAUGAAUCAAAACCAAUCUAUAGUACAUGCUCUGUUUAAGCAAGAUGAUAAGGUGAAAAGUGAGUAUCGUAUUCGCUUAAAUGCUUCGAUUAAUGCUUCCAGAUUCUUGUUACGACAAGGAUUACCUUUUCGUGGCCAUACUGAGAAAGAAGAGGCUGUGAAUAAAGGAAAUUUCUUGGAGCUUGUGAAAUACACAGGAGAACAAAACGAUGCUAUAAAGCAGAUUGGUGUUGUUUUACGGUUUGUUGAUAAAAGAGGAGCAAUCAAAGAAAGAUUUAUUGGAGUUGUUCAUGUAAAAGAAACAUCUUCACUAGCUCUAAAGUCUGCUAUAGAUGAUUUGUUUGCUAGAUAUGGGAUCAGCAUUAAAAAUGUGAGAGGACAAGGUAAUGAUGGAGCUAGUAAUAUGAGAGAAUCCACUAAGCGAGAACUGCAGAAGCUUAGAGAUGAUGGUUGGGAAUUGCUUAUGGCUAAGGUUGCUUCUUUUUGUAAGAUACAUGAUGCUGAAAUUCUUAUCAUGGAAGAAGAUUUUGUUGAUCGUAGGAGACCAAGAAAGAGAACUAACAUAACCAAUAUGCAUCAUUAUAAGGUCAACUGCUUUUGCACAGUUCUGGAUUUGCAAAUUCAAGAGUCCAAUGAUCGUUUUACAGAGGUAACCAUUGAUCUACUUAUUUGUAUGGCUUCUUUAAGUCCGAUUUAUUCAUUCCAUGGGUUUGACAAGGAGAAGUUGGUGAGAUUAGCUAAGUUCUAUCCAGAUGAUUUUAGCUAUGGUGAGCUUUUAUCUUUAGAGCAGCUUUAA